AUGGCGCUGUGUCUUGGCUACAUCACUGGGAACUCUACUACUCCUUCCCAGCAGUGUUGCAAUCAGUUGGCUAAUGCUGUCAGGUCGUCUCCUGAGUGUUUGUGUGAGGUUCCCAAAGGUGGAGGUCCCCAGCUUGGGAUCAAUGUUAGUCAAACACAAGCUCUUGCUUUGCCUAAAGCUUGUAAUGUUGAAACUCCUCCUGCAAGUAGCUGCAAUGUUAAUUCGCAUGCAGGAUUAUCAAACAUUUCAGGUUCAAGAGUUGGGUCGUCGUCUGAUGGGAAUUCUAUCAAGCUCUCAUUCCCUCUUCUCGCCAUCCUAUCCACAGCUUCCUACAUUAUAUGCUCAAAAUACUGA